GUGGGACAGCGGGGAGGCUGCGGUGGGUUUGUGAGGCCGGACACUUACUGUGCGCACCGCUCUGGGUGGAGGGGCUGCAGUGAGCCCCUGCCCUCCCUGCUCUCUGCCACCAGCGCCUGGAGACGGGCUGACGGAACAAUGGCCGUGGUGACAUUAGGCUGGCAAGGGCUGUGGCCGGGUGGGCACCAGCUGAGCCUGCUGCCCACGGGCAGCCCUCGGGCUUUGGACUGCAACGAGGGGCUGCCCAGGGGUCGGGGGUUUCCCCUACCUUCUGCUGGCUCCUGCCAGGCUGCGACCGGGGACCGCAGUGUUAUGGUUGUCAGUAAAAUACCAUCAAAGAAGAAAGGAUAUCCAUCAGAAUAAAAAGAAAAAUCAUGACAGAAGAGAGCAGGUUCUGCAAAAAUUGUAAACGAGAUGUGUCUGCUGCCAAUUUCUCUGUCCAUGAGGCCCACUGCUUGCGGUUUCUCACCCUCUGUCCGGAAUGUGAUGAACCAGUUGCCCAAAAGGAUAUGAAGGACCAUCAAACAGAAGCACACAAGCAGGUCAGAUGUCAUCUUUGUCACCAAAGCAUGCAGCAGUACCAGUUGGAGCAUCACGAGACCAAGGAAUGCCAUGAACGAGCAAUGAAAUGCAAGAUCUGUGAGCUUGAAAUGCCCUUCAACAAGCUGCAGGAACACCUGAACACCUGUGCCAGCCGAACAGAGCGGUGUUGGGAGUGUAACAAAUACAUCAUGUACAAAGACCAGAACAAACACAAAGAUAUUUGUCAGAACAGCCGUCUGUCCUAUGGUAAGGAUGUGAACUUUCAAACCAGUGAAGCAUCCACUAAUGCAACAUCUAUUUGCCCCACUGGUACUGGUGGCAAUUUUUGUCAGAAGUGCAAUAAGUCAUUCCCAGAUGACCAGUACUCCCAACAUCUGAAUCAAUGCGGUGCAGCCCAUAAGCUGACAGAAGUUCUUGCUGGCCAAUCAACUUCAAAACUCAGCAGUGAUCCACCACCAUCGUCUUCCUCCCUGGUUCCCUCCUCCUGCUCUGAGAAAGCAACAGUGUGGAGAGAUGUCCGUCCCAAAGGGAAAGAAAGGGACCAGCCAUUGACCUCCAAAACCUUGCUUAAACCUGCAAAAAAGAAAAACAUUGGCUUUCCCUCUCCCACAAGAGGCAGACUUUCCACAUCAUCUCAGGAUCUUAAAGACACCCAGUCUUUUGACAUGCUGGUGACCUGUGCCCAUUGCAACAUUCUUCUGCCACUUCCAACCCUUCGGAAACAUGAGAUCAAAUGUCUGCGUGUGACAUCUUUGAAAAAUGCUAGGAUGAAGCAAAAAUCAAGUCAUGGAGAAAAAGGUCUGUCUGCUCCAAAACAGAAUGGAGACUUAAAGAAUAGUUUCAGAAGACAAGUCCAUUUUUUUCUCCAUAGUAAAAAUUGCAUAUUCAGUAGAAGCAUUGAUACACUGAUGCCAGACAAUACCUCCGGAUGAGCUCGCACUGAUCCAUAGGCAGUCAGUAAGUCUCUUUCCUUACCCUGUCCCAGACAGGCUGUGAAUCUUAACACUUCUCUCUUUGCUAACAUCCCCCUCUGCUUUUCAGUUCCUAAGCAGUAUUGUUUCCUCUCAGUCCAAUUAAUUAAGUGAAACUGAAAGCAGUUGUUCUCAGUCUGUCCUUUUUCUACUUGGUUCAGUAAAUGCGGUAUUACUUCUCCUUGUAAAACUUUCCUCUCCUGGUAAAUUAAAGAGAGAAAGCACCAAAGUGAGAAAUAGGGGGUUUGUCUAGUUUUGAAUUACAGGAUGCUAGUCUUGAAAUAAAAGUAAGUACAUGGUAAUUACAUGGA